AUGGCCAUUCAAUACCCCAUGGCCAUGGGCCUCAAGGGUCACAAAAUUACCAAAAACAUUUCAAAGCUGCGACACUGCUGCCGCCAUGAGCACUUGACCAAACACACUAAGUUUAUGAGAGAUAUGAUCCAGGAUGUGUGUGGAUCUGCCCUUUAUGAGAGGCGGGCCAUGGAAUUGUUAAAAGUGUCCAAGGAUAAGCAAACCCUUAAGUUCAUCAAAAAAAAGGGUGGGAACUCAUAUCUGGGCCAAGAGGGAAAGAAAGGAGCUCAGCAAUGUCCUAGCUGCCAUGAGGAAGGCUGCUGGCAAGAAGGACUAAACUGGGCCCUGCCAACCUGCCCCACUUACCCAAUAAAGAUUCGACAAAUUAAAACAAAAUGGAUGGUUGCUUAA